GCUGCGGAGAACAUCGCGGGAACAUUUUCCCCGAUUUCAAACGUUAAAAUGCCUUCAAAUUUUCCGAAACGAAUCAAAACGGCUGCAGCAGAAGGCUGUACAAGAUGAUCUUCGACAAAGCCUAUGGUGCUGCAGCUGGGGCAAGAUACUGUUCGAUUUGGAAGCAGCGAUCGCAAGCUACAAUAGCGAGCAGGGAGAGGUCUGCGGGAAAGUCCAGGAAGUAAAUGGAAAACUCGUGGUGGCCCUCUGCACGCCAAUGAUGAAACCUUGCUUUAACAGAAUGGCAGAAAGUCAAGCACAAAGUAUAUCCUCCAUGACACCGAAUGGACCAGUUACUUUCAUUCAAGUCGAUGCUGAUAGUCCUAGCGAUAUCCAAAAAGAAGAGGAAGAAGCCGAGAAAGUUGUCGAAGUGUUGCUCACCGAUGUGCUUAUUUGCAGCCUUUGCUCACAUCAGUUUCAUGGCAUCGUGGAAUUCUUGGCGCACAAGUCUGGUCAUACCAUGUUUGUGCGAAGUUAUCAGUGCGAGCUGUGCAAAUCCAAAUUCAGUCGUCAAGCAGCCCUUCUGAACCACUACAAAAAGAAACACAGAAUCGUGCUGGAAGCUCCUAGUCCACCUGUCAAAAAAUCCGAUGAGGUACCAAACCGGGACCAACGCGCUAGGCGCACAAUGGGAUUUGAUGAGCUGAUGCUGCCCAACAAUUCCGUAAAUGCUACAGCAGCAUCAACAAGCUCAUCGAGUGAUGGAGCUGAUAAUAUGGGCGUUGGAGACGACGAUGCCAGCACAGUGCCCGUCUUGGAAUCAAACGUCGAGAAUAACGCCUCGGCUGAUGUCGAUCAAGAAGUUCCCUUAAAAUCUUCAGACAGUUUUUCUUCAGAGCAAGACUUUAAUUUCAUCUUGCAGACGGAAGUGGUGAAGGGGAAGUCGAUGGAGUAUGGUGUUGCAUCGUUUAAGUGCCUUCAUUGCGAUUAUAAAACUGAGGCAAGGACUGCCAUGACUGCGCAUAUGAAAAGUUGGCACUCUGACCUCCUUUCACUGAAUCAGAGCAUAGCAACGAGACCUAUGGUAUCAUACCUGUCUAUAGAGAACCAGAAACUUAUUAGUAUGUCGCAGUACGAAGCUUCGUAUGGGGAGCUGCGCCUGAAGAAAAAAACACACGAUGCUCGGGGCAGGCCACCACGCCCGAUAGACAAACAAGACAUGCCAGGUAUCUUUCCUUGUCCAAAAUGUGACAAAGUCUUCAGUCGGACGAGAUAUUUGAAAAAGCAUUCUCCCAUUCAUAGCCCUACUCAAAACUUUACUUGCGAUCAAUGUGGGAAAACCUUUAAAUCACGACCAUAUCUUACGGUGCAUAAGAAAACCCACAAGGAGAAGCUUUUUCAAUGUACUCAGUGCGAUUUCAAGUCGAACAUAAAAACUGCUAUACAUCAACACCGCCAGCUGCAUAGCCAAGGUAGUGUUUUGUGUGAUAUUUGCGGCUAUGCCUACAAUGACAAAUCGACAUUGGCAAAACAUAAGCGAGUUCAUGAUCCAAGCCGUCCUUUCCCCUGUACGUUCCUAGGAUGCACUUGGAGAUUCAAAACUGAGGCCAUGAGCCUUGCCCACGUACGCGGUCACACAACUGAAGGAAAAUUCAAAUGCAAGUUAUGCGGGCAUUCUUUCCGCCACAAGCACCACUUACAGCGCCAUGAAGCUCAGAUGCACGGAAUCCAGCGUCCGAAAAGAAUCAGGCAUUCGGAUCUGAUCAAUGCAAAUAUGACUGACACAAUCAGUUUUGUUGUUAGCCCAGAUCUUGCGGCAGAACAGUUCCAGACCACCUUGUCCCAACACCAGCUAGUCGUCGCCACCGAUGGUGACGGUACCCCAAUAGCCAUUGAGAGUGCAGAUUUAACCUCGCUGACUAACGUGUUGCAGUAUCAGGCCCUUAUCCAGAAUUCUACGGAGGCGCAGUCUUCUGAUGGGAAAACUUUAGAUUUGACUGCUAUGGAUGGUUCUGGUAACACUGUGCUUCUGUGUCAGGAAUAAUAAGAACACCUAUUUAGUAGCUUAUGUUGUAUAUUUCUCCUAUGAGUAAAAGCAUAAUAUUCUGUUCCAUAGUAAUCUGUGCAACGGUUCAAGAAUAAGCAUGU